ACUUUUUUUUUUUUUCAUCUUUCCUUGUUUAAAGCAAUUUUAUAUAAACAGAAUGUCAAUAGCUACUCAAAUAUUAAACGAUCGACAAAUUAGUCGAAAAUUAACUGUAAACAUAAAUCAAUAUUCAGUGAAUGUCCGCCCUAUUAUAAAAGGUGCAAUUAAAGAAGCUGCUGGUACAUUAACUGAAGCAUAUUCAAAUAAUGCAAUUAUGGGUUGGUGUGUACGUGGAUUAGAAAAAAAGAAAUACGAGGAAUUUUUAUAUACAUUAUUUAAGAAUAUGAUCAAUGAUGCCUCUAUUCAAAGUCGUGAUUUUGCUAUUCAAGUUGAAGGCUGUAAAGGUGUUCUUACUUGGACUAAUAAUACAAAUAGUCCCUCUUGGCCUCGAGUUCUAAAUACUGCAAAACUUGCACGUUUAAUUGGUUGGGCUUCUGCUUUACGUGCGAUUAUGAAAGUAAGCCCUUCUUGUGAUAAAAUGAAACGUAAGAUUAUGUCAGAUUAUCCUCAAUUUAUUACAAUUGGUUAUAUCGGUAUUUUACCUCAUGAACAACAUAAAGGUUAUGGUACAGCUCUUGUUAAUUAUGUCCUUACUAAGGCGGAUGAAGCUAAGCAUCCUGUUUAUGUUGAAGCCUGUAAUCCGAAUAGCGUCAAAUUCUUUGAACAAUUUGGAUUUAAGGUCCAAGCCACAGUUUAUAUAGCUAAUCAAAGUGAUCUACCAGUAGCUCUUAUGGUUCGAUUACCUACUGUUUCUGGUGCUCCAGAACCUCUUCGUAUCAGACCUGGAAGACGUAAUACCGAUAAUUCCCUAUAAUAUAUAUUAUUCUAUUAAUUUAUUCUAUUUAAUCCUUGUAUAUUUCUCCAUCAUUUUUAUUUCAUUCUGUACAUAUCAUAUAAAUAUAUACAUAUACAUAUACAUAAAUUUAAAUUUACUGUUAUUAUUUUCCAUAUCUGAUAAACCUUCAUUAAUAUUUCAAAAAUGUAGUAGAUCGAUAAGUCGCUAUUUUAACAUGAUGAUUUUUGAGCUUCUUUGAAUGAUCGCCAUUUCUUUUUUGUUGAUUUGUUAUUGGUUGAAAGAUCGAUAAAAAAAAAAGGGAUGAUCGCUUCAUUUUUUUUUAUUAGCGGCUUCUUAAAUUGAAUAAAAUAAAACAAUCAUCAUCCUAAUUUCUCUCUCUCUCUCUUUUUUUUUUUUUUUUUUUUUUU